AUGACCAUUCAAAUCUCAUUGCGGGACAUAUUUAUUCACUCCAGUCCUUUUCAAAGCUUGAGCAAAAUAUCUCAAAGUACGGACAGUUAUUGCCGUUGCUUUUUAUUAGGCAAGACGUCAAUCAGAAAGAAGAUUGCCAAAUAUGCUUUGUCUCCUCUCACUACUCUGCGAACUCGAUCAGAAAGAGAGAACACCAUUGAUGCUCGUCCAAAGAAGCUUCUUGACAUGGAUCCUUCAUAUCUUGCUCAAGAGUUGUGUCUCAUUGAUAAGGAACUUCUUCUUAUUAUUCCUUGGAGCGAAUUAUCUGUUUGUGGCUGGAUGACUAAAAAAAAGUAUCAAGUUUCUCCGAAUGUCAUGGCGAUGGUGGAAUUCUUUAAUCGCAUUGCACUUCUUGUUGCUUCGCAAAUAUUGUGCGAAGAUGAUGUAAAGAGAAGAGUUCGUGUCAUCUCUAAAGUUAUUAAGGUUGCCAACAAACUUCGUGCAAUGGGUAACUUUAACUCACUGAAAGCUGUCUUGGGCGGAUUGCAAUGCACACCAAUCUAUCGCCUCGACGACACUUGGAAGGAAUUAUCGUCAAAACGAAGAAAGCAAUACCGCAGUUUGACGAAUUUGAUGAGCGAAGAAGACAAUUUCGCUGCUUAUCGAAACGAAUUGGACAAUUUGAUGGACAAGAACGUUCCAUGUCUACCAUUUUUGGGGGAUUUUCUGACACAAAUCGCCCAAACACAAACCUAUUUGGCUUGUCGUAAGAAGGAAUGCCACAAGAGUACGUCAAAAGAAAAUAAGUCAGAAAAUCUGGAGAUUCAAACAACAUCGUCACCUCAGAACAUCCAGACGAAAUCUCUACGAAAGAAGUCGCUUUCUCGCACGAGCUGGCUGAAAAAGCGGAGUUUUUCCGUUAAGGAAAAGUACGACCGUUUCUCUCAGUCGUCCCCAAACAUUUCCGGAACUUGUCGACAGACUCCUGGCAGAUUAGGUCAUUAUCGUUCGCACAGUUUGCGAAAAUCUCAAAGUUGGCAGAACAGUAGCGACAGCGGAAUACAAGUGGAUGAAAGUAAUACCUCGUGUUUCUCAUCCGGGUCAUUCCUAACCAGUGAUACAUCCCUGGGUUAUGAGACUGGUGAAGAAGGAUUUGAGAGUUCAGUACAGAAGAAUCGUGGCGUAUUCAGUGCUACUAGCACACCAAUACCUGGAAAAGGCUCAUUGAAAUGUUCAAACCCUGGUGGUAAGAGCAAACAUCAAUCGUUGUCUCGAACACAGAGCAUAUUGAGCUCAGUUGAGGUGGAGGAUGCCAAGAAAUCACCAGAUGUAAAAGACGCUCGGAACAUCCCUGAUCAGGAAAGCUCAGAUAAGACAGGUCCUGAACUCCAACUGGGGCGUUUUCAUUCGGCUGCGAUGCAAUACAGUUUCCAAAGUCGACCGUGCAUUCAUCACUUUUUAACUUCAACGGCAUUCAAUGCUGAGGAAGAGAACUAUCAACUAUCAGUAAAGCGAGAACCUCUUGCUAAAAAGAGUGUCCGUAUUUAA